UGUGUAUUGUUUUGAAUUCAAAUUUUGCAACAUUAUUUGCAGCUGAUAAAUUUUGUGAAAAUAUCAAAUCCUUGCGCCGAUAAAAUCAAAAUGGAUGAAGACCAUAAUACUCUAGACCAUAAUAUUCGAUGCUUGCAGUUAUUGGAUGGAAUAUAAUUAUAAGUCAGCACUUUAGUCAUGUGGAUAUGAUAAAUUGAAGAAAGAUGGCCCUGGCAGGAAAUGAUGCUCUAAGAAUUUUCACCUCUAACAUAGUGACAGACCCCAGCUCCAGCAUUGAUCACUCCCUGAGAGAUACACAGACAUGUACGACUCAAACCAUGCCUAGUCUGUCGGAGCCAGGGAUGGGCUAUCAGCCCCAAGGACCUGGAGUUGUCCAAGUUCAACGCUCAGACACAGCUGCAAUGCCAGCAAGUACUUAUGUAUACCUUUCCAACAAAGACAAAUUUGAUCCAACACCGAAAAUAGACACCAUUCAGCCAGGAACUGGAAAUACACUGAAUGAUAUUAUCAUGACAGACAGCCAGCAAACAUCACCUAGUUUUAGCAAUAACGUUAAUCGACCAACACCGGUCAUGUUCUUUCUUAACCAGGAUCAGAAUCCUAAUACUUCAACUAUGGAGACAAAUCUUAUGCUGCACCAUCCCCUGAUAUCGGAUAUGUAUCAUAUUCAGAACAACCUAUCCAGUAUUUAUGCUAUUGCACAGGCAAACCUUGUAGCUCAAACACAGCAGGACAUUGCCAAACAGUUAAUAGGGCAGACUGAAGGUCAAAGCCAUGACCAGAUGAAUCUUGGCCAAAUGGACAGCCUGCCACAGCAGCCUUCAAUGCCAUGCAUAUCAAUUCAAGGGGAUGUAAUUGCCCCCAACAACAAAGUGUUGAUCCCUACCUCUCAAACUGAUAAAGAGAGUAAGCGUCCUGAAGAAAAUAAAACAGAUAAGGAAGAGAAGACAUUUGUGUGCAAGUUAGAAAAAUGUGGUCGCAACUUUUCAUCAGCUGGUCAUCUAAGGAACCAUCAAGCCAACCAUAGUCGUGAUAAGCCGCUAACAUGCACGCAUGAGGGGUGUGGUCGCAUAUUUACCUGGCCAGCUCACCUGAAGUACCACAAACUCACCCACAUGUCUACAAGAAACUUUUCAUGCAACAUGUGUGAUAAAAAGUUCUACACUGCUCAGAGGCUUAAGGUCCACACAAGGGUCCACACUGGAGAGAAACCAUUUAGCUGUGAUGAGUGUGAGAAAGAGUUCUCAACGGCAGGAAAUCUAAAGAACCACAAAAGGAUUCAUUCCGGCGAGCGGCCCUAUGUUUGUUCUAAAGAAAAUUGUGAGAAAAGAUUUGCCGAGUAUUCCAGUCUACGCAAACAUAUGCUAACACAUACUGGUGAGAAACCUUUUAAGUGUGAUGAGUGUGGCCGUUGUUUCACCCAGAGCGGAAGUCGUACAAUACACAUGAAGAAGCACCUGUUGGCAGAGGAGGAAGAGGAUGGUGAGGAGGAAGAGGAAGUGGAAAGAAUUAGUGAUGAUGUGAAAACCUGUGAGCCAAGCGUUAAAGACGGGGACAAAAAUGUUGUAGUUCUCCACAAUGGUCAGGAAGACCUGCUACAGUAUCAAGACCUACAAGUUGUGUUUUCCCAAGGAGUGAGUGACCACAUUGUUACCGUGACAACACAGACAGUUGACCAUGAUGAGAAGUUUCCACCAAUAGCCAAUGAAAUGCUUCUGAGUGAAGAUGUGUUUCAGGCUAGUGAUGCAGCAGCCAAUGUAGAGACUAUGGCAGGGUGAGGACCUGGCAGGGCAUGGGUCUGCUAAUGUGGUGGUGGUGGCACAGCCUCAAAUGAUGGUGUCUAUGUCUACAGACUUUCAUGACACACAUGGUCGGGAGGAAAUUGUCUACGAUAAUGAAUUUUUACACUCCGAUCUCGUGAAUGAGGAAAUUGCUCACAACAUCACUGACACAACAACUAGUCCAGUUACAAUGGAGAUACCAAACCAAGUGAAACCACCCUCUAAUACAGUGAUAGACAGAACUUAAAAUACAAUCUUCAGUUAAUACAGUGAUAGACGGAACUUAGAAUACAAUAUUCAGUUAAUACAGUGAUAGACGGAACUUAAGAUACAAUCUUCAGUUAAUACAGUGAUUGAUUGAACUUAGAAUACAAUAUUCAGUUAAUACAGUGAUAGACGGAACUUAAGAUACAAUCUUCAGUUAAUACAGUGAUAGACUGAACUUAGAAUACAAUCUUCAGUCAAUACAGUGAUAAACGGAACUUAGAAUACAAUUUUCAGUUGAUAAAGUGAUAGACGAAACUUAAAAUACAAUCUUCGGUUGAUAGAGUGAUAGAUCACCCACAAAAUGAAUUUACAAUCCUCGAUCAAUUAAACAUACCUUUACAGAGAUUAGUGAAACCAAGAAAGUGAAGGGAUCAUUUGCCAUUAGAAAUCCCUAAAACAAUGAAUGGUUGUCUGUUAAAUUCUUGUUUGUGAGAAGGAAGUUUAAUUACUGAAGUAUUUCAUAAUAUUAUCAAGAUUGCUGUCACUUUAUGUGUUCUGUGAUCAGAAUUGAGCUGGUAACAAAGUGUUGUGCUUGAAAUGGUGCAGGUCUCCUUUGGAAAAAGUUAAACACAUUUUAAAACAACAAUGACUGGAGUAAAGCUACAUGUACAUGACUUUUUGAAUACAUGUAUGAUAAAAUUCAACAAACUUUGAUGUAUGAAAUAUAUAGAGGAUAUUGAAUGGUUUCCUGUUGAAUAUAACGUAUAUUUCACUAGUAUUACAGAAUAUCUAUAUUUGCACGAGUGAAAAAUAUCGAUAUAUAGUCAAACCUGCUCUAACGACCGCCUGUAUAUAACUCUGAUUUUAAGAUUCCCCGCGAGAUUUUACUAUAUAACGACCCUCUGUAUAACGACCACCUGUCUAAUGUGAUUAACAACCGGUGAUUUUGGAAUGAGGAUCGCUCGUUGUUUUCUAUAGCGACCCAUUUCUGUCAGCCAUUUUAUGCUCUCGGCAGUCAUCCCUCAUAAAAUCCACGGAUACUUCAGACACUUUGACCCUGGCCAGAUUAUAUCAACAAAAGACCAAUGUAUUUUGUCAUACGAGUGAAACAUACGUUAUAUUUAACAGGAAACCAUUCAAUUUUCUUUUUAUUGCAUUUCUCUGCUAAAAAACAAAAUUGAAAGCAUCAAAAAUUAAUAGUAUCAAAAAGUGUGGGAAUCAGUAGCAUAAUUCAUGAUGUUGUCUCUUUGUGACGUAAGUCCACGUCAACUUGACGACACCAUUUUGAAAGGACUGAUCAGUGCAAUUUAAGCUUUUUCUGCUGUUUUCGGAGAAUCUGUGCACGAAAAGCUAAUAUCAAGUGAAUAUUUUGUCAAAAAAUAGUCUGAAUAUUUUAGAAAUACAUGUAUAGCAAAAUAACCCAUCCUUCUCUAUUAGCUUCAAUCGGAAAAAUUCGCAAGUUUCAAUGAGGUAAAUACAAAGGUUCGCUCUGAUUGGUCAAAAAACGAAAAACUUAUAUUUUCACUGCUUAUCACAGCAGUGAAAAUAUAAGUUUUAUUUGUUUGAUGAAUUUCAAAAUUCACUGGCAAAAAUGCAAUACAAAUAUUUACAUAAAGGUAGUAAUUUUGUUUGUUCCUUGUUUGAGGAGAUUGAACUUUUCAGAAUAUUCUGAAUUUGUUUUAGAAAUACAUGUAAUUCAUAUUUGUUGUUUUUCACCAAUAUGAACUGCAUAGUGAUGAUGUCUGGAUAUUUUAAUUUGUAUUUUAGCAGGUUGUUGGUUUUUAUCUCGUAAAUGGGGCUGGUAUGAAUUCCCCAAUAUCAUCAUACAUUAACAACAUGGACAAUACCCGCAUUAUACAGUAAUUCAUCGAAGUUAUGAAGAUUUAUAAAGUGUAACAAAAGCUUUCAAGUAUUGGAGACAAAUCUGUGAUAACAUGUGUUAAUUUUUUUCAUGCAUGAAUGACUUUAUAUUUAUCUGUUGUUUUGUUAACAAUAAACCUGUGAUUGUCAAUUUCUUGUUUGAAAUACAAAAAUCAGGCUAUCA